UUGAAGGAAUAUGUGAAGAACAUGCACAAGUUGAAGAGGAAUGCGCUUGCAUUCUGUCAAGUGAACUUGGAGAUUGCCCAAAAUAUUCGGGAGGAAGGCGAGAAGCUGUCUCAAGACAGUAUUUCUCUGGAUGAUAGUGAAGUAUUUAACCCAGAUUUUUUGAGUCAAAUUGACGACAUAUGCAAGCGUCAUUUGGAAGCGAAAGACAGUGCAAACAAAGUUGAUCCUACAAUUUCACUAUUGGUGAAGCGGCCUGUUGAAUUGGAGUUUGGAAGAAAUGAAAAUGUUCCUGAUUUGGAUUCUGGUGUUCAUGGAGUUGAAGAGAAAGAAGGAAAUGAUGAAAAAGAAGGAGAGGAGGAUGAGAAGAAGAGGAAUGCUGAUGAUGAUCAGCAUAAAGAUGAUGAUGAUGAUGAUGAUGAUGAUGAUGAUGAUGAUGAUGGUGAUGAUAAGGAUCACCAGAAUUAUAAUGAGACAAAGGAUGAUGAUGCUGAUGAUAAUGGUGAUGCUGGUCUUCAAGGAGAUGAAGACAAAGGAGGAGAUAAGGAUGCUGGUGUUCAUGGAGAUGGAGAGGAAGGUGGAAAUAAUGAGAAAGAACCAAAGGAAGAUGAUAAGAAGACUGGCAAUGCUGAUGAUGAUGGUGGUCUUCAAGGAGAUAAAGAGAAAGGAGGAAAUAAAGAGUUGGAUGCUGGGGUUCAUGCAGAUGGAGAGAAAGGAGGAAGUAAGUUUCUUUGAUUUUAUAGCUAAUUGAAAGAAUUCAAAGACCAACUGAAAAAUGUGAUGCUCUAAAGGAAAUAAUAUCUUAUAAAUAGCAACUGAAAUACUG